CGGCGAGGGACGGGAGAGGAGCGGCUGGAGGCCUUAAAAACGCCUCUAAUCUCUUACUUUCUCCCCGUCCAUCUGGCGCAGUCCAAGAAGGGUACUGGGCGUUUGGAAUAGGGGGCCGCCCGGCUCUACAUUCCUCUAUUGUGGCAAACCGGACUAACAGCUUCGGAGUCUCUACUCCAGAAAAGGGGGGUGGCUUGUGGGCCUGAGGGGGACCUAUUGUUUCUCUUCCUUCCUAAGCCUCUCAAGGGAGGUAAGGACUGUGAGAGGAAAGAAGGUUGCAGGGCAGCUGUUGCCAUUAUAGACUGCUACUAGCGGUAGCCUAAUAACCCUUUCUUUUUUUAACAUCGACAGCUAAUUUACUUGGAUUCAUAGUACUAACCAGUGGUAUGGUCCAAUAAGUACCGGACACAGAGUAUGCUCUUUUGUAUAUAAAGAAGGACACACAAGUAAUGUUCAUGGUUGACAUAGAAAUUUAAACUUGUGAAUAUAAUUCUGUUUUUGUUUUUUCUUUGCUGGAUUUAUAAAAAGAAGUAGAGAGAAGGGUCUGUAAAAAUAUAAUUAAAGGUCCAUGAUAGAAUAGUCCUGGUGCAAAUGGCGGCAGGUAUUAGAUCCAAAACACAGACACAAUUGCAGGCACCAACGCAAACCAGAGUUGUCUUCAAUUCUAGGAGGGGCUCAUUAGAGACAUCUGAAAAGCCAAAUAUAGCUAUGACAAUUCUGAAAGAAUUAAGGGACUUUAAAGUACAGAUUAGACAAGAACGUAAAGAUACAAGAGAGGAAAUAAAACUGGAAAUUGGGGAGCUGUCGAAAAAGAUAGAUGAAGAAAGAAUAGUUAUAGACGAUAAAGAGUUAGAGGUAUUCAGAGACAUACCAGCUAAUAUCCUGAAAAAAAGGCAGGAAUAUAGAUUCCUAACCCAAUUACUGCAAAGAUUGAAUAUUAGGUAUAGAUGGGAGAGAAUAGAAGGUAUCUCACUGACUUAUGGUCAAAAAAGAUACAGAAUUAACUCAAUAGAAAAAGCAAAAGACAUAUACAAGAAAUUGAUAGCUAGAAAAAAGAAAGAGGAAGAGAAGGAAGCUAAAGAAAAAAAGAAAGAUAAGGAGAAAAGAAGUGUUGAAUCAGUCUUCUCAGAAGAAAGCCAUAUUCAAGAAACCAAGGGAGAUAAGGAAUUAGACGUGCAAGAAGUUUCGUUAAUUGACUUAGACCCAUCGGUGCAGGACAUUAGUAGGGACUCAAAUUCUGAAGAACUGUACUGAUUAGUUAAGAUUGUCGGCCGACACAGAAAAUUUCUUAAUUAUGACAUUAAAAAUUUGUUCUCUCAACGUGAGAGGAUUAAACGAGGAUCACAGGAGGAAAGAGAUCUUCCAUUAUUUGGAAAAAAAUUACUGACAUAAUUUGUUUGCAAGAAACAAAGAUUAGAAACAACGAAAUAAAAUUCUUGAGAAACCCCAAAUUAGGAUGUCUGUAUUACUCAUCUGAUGAAAAUAAGCGAAGAAGAGGGGUUGCCAUUUACAUAAAUAGAAAAUAUGACUCAAAAUUAAUUGUUAAGGAUACUGAAGGAAGAUUUGUAGCGGUGGGUAAUGAAAAAAUCAAAAUUGUAUGCAUUUAUGGACCACUGGAAAGAAAAGAUACAUUCUUUCUCAAUUUAAACAGGGAACUGUCUGAAUGUAAUACUGACAACUUAAUAUUAGUAGGAGACUUUAAUGGGGUUUUAAAACCCAAAAGGGAUAGGGAAUCUAAAAAGAAAAUACAAAACAAUCAAGGUAAACUCUCUAGCACAUUUUUUUGAGUUGCUAGAGGAACAUGAAUUAACGGAUGUGUGGACACAUCUUUACAAGGGGGAAAAGGGAUACACGUUCUAUUCUGAGACACAUAACUCACUAUCCCGUUUGGAUAUGUUUUUAUAGCUAAAAAACUGACAACAAGACUCAAAAGGAUGGAAAUAGCGCCUAGACUUUUAUCUGAUCAUAGUCUGAUAGAAUUAACAAUAGAUGUUGGUUGUAGGAGAAUGGGAGGAACAUGGAAACUAAAUGAGAACCUGAUCAAAGACAUUAAAUUUGUUGAAAGUAUGAAAGAGGAAAUGAAACAAUUUUUUAAGGAAAACAACACAAAUGGAAUGAAAAGUAAGACGGUAUGGGAUACCUUCAAGUCAGUGAUAAGAGGGAUAUUAAUUAAAAGGGGAUCAGAAAUUAAGAGACAGAAAGAUGAAAAAGUUUAAAAAGACACGCAGAAAUUAAAAAUAUUAGAGGAGAAAAUGAGAAUACGUAAGAAUAGCAAUAAUCUGAAAAAUCAAUAUGUAGCACUAAAAAAUAGAAUACAGCAGCUAAAUACGGAAGAGAUCGCAGCAAAGUUAAUGAGAACCAAACAACAAUACUUUGAAGGAGCUAACAAAUCGGGACGAUGGUUAGCGUAUAAAUUAAAAAAAGAAACUGAAAAAAGGACGAUUAAUGAAAUUAAGAUAGGCCAAAAGAUAAUAACUCAACAGGAAGAGAUAAUAAAAGCAUUUCAAGAGUAUUUCACAAACAUAUUUAAAGAAAACAAGAAUAAUAAGGAUGAGGAAUUUGAUGAAAAAUUAAGUAGCUAUCUUAAUAAAAAGAACAUAAUACAACUGACAAAGGAACAAAUUGAGGAGUUGGAAAAACCGAUACAGGAGGAGGAAAUACUGAAAGGAAUAAAGGCUUUGAAAGAAGGGAAAGCACCUGGGCAGACGGCUUCACGGCAGCCUUUUAUAAAACAUUUGCAAGAGAGAUUAGCAGGGAAUUAGAGAAAGUAUUCAAUAACAUAGCAGAAGAUGGGGUACCCAACACAUGGAACCUGGCAAAUGUGACUUUGAUUCCUAAGGAGGGUAAAGAAGAUAAUACUGAGCUCGCUAGCUACAGACCCAUUGCACUUUUAAAUAUAGACUCCAAAAUUUACACAGGAAUUCUGGCAAAUAGGUUGAAAAAUGUAUUGAAAGACACUAUACAUGCAGACCAAAAUGGAUUCGUGCCAGGGAGGCAUGUAAGAUCUAACAUGCCUAUCAUUUUGAAUAUAAUAGAGCACUAUACAACACAUAAUGAUAAGAAAUUGGCAUUGAUGCUGGUAGACGCCGAGAAGGCGUUUGACAAUUUGCGAUGGAAAUUUACGUUUGAAGUCAUGAAAAGAAUGGAGUUUGGAUGUAGAUGGUUAUCAAAUAUUGCCCAAUUAUAUGAUGACCAAAAAAUUCAAGUAUUAAUAAAUGGACAAAAGACAAACUACAUCAAGGUAGAGAAGAGCACAAAACAAGGUUGCCCUCUAUCACCACUGCUCUUUAUUAUGGCUUUAGAAAUUUUAGAGCAAAUAAAACAAUUACAGGAGCAAAGGUAAAGGGUAUC